AUCAUGUAUUAUAAAGUUAAAAAAAAAAAUCUUCCACGAUAUUGCACCUUUCUAUAAUUUCUCUGAAAUUUUGGCAAAACAAUAUGUAAGAGGAACAUCAAUGGCUAAUAAGCUAACUAAAGCAGAGGGAGGUAGCUUCCGAUUCAAAAAGAAACUCAACGAUUGGAAAAUUUCCGACGAUCCCUAUUGGUGAAGUGUAUAAGGAUAAUUUAUUUAGGGAUUUUUCCGAGCUAUGCUGUCAAAGAUUUUGAAGAGACCAUCACACUGAACGGUGAUUGUACCCGAAUGUAUCCUUUGAAUUACUUUCUAGCAACUUCCAAAAGAGCUUCAUCAAGAAGCAUCAUAGGUUUAUGCACUUGGGUUUGGUCCAAAAUAGCUGUGAAGCCACUAAUAAGAGAUGGCUUGGGAACUCCAGUAGCAGUGUGCCUUAGAGAUACUAGGCACCUUGACUUCCAGAACUCUUUGUUAGCACUUGUAGAAUCUGAUCUAUCUGAGGGUCCAUUCUAUUUUAACUGUUUCCCGAGUUUUUCGUGUUCUUUGGCUGAUGUUUCUUCAUUUGAAAUCAUGAUUUUGAAGAGUAGGACACCUUUGGCAUUGACUUACUGGUAGUAUGUAAAGUGAUGUUGGACUUAAGCCCAGAGGCACUGAAGGAGCCAACUUUGGGUGAGACAGCUUAUUUUCAACCGGCUACUGGAACAAGUGGCACAACAAAAUGGCAAGAGUAUGAAUCAAAACUCCAAGAAUCUUCUUUGACUGGUAAACAGGAGUCUAAAGCACAAGACGGGAUUUCACUCGAGACCCUUUCAGAGGGCCCUGACCUUCAACAGGGCAGAUCAAUGGCUAUUAAGCUUGUUAAUGAAGGAGGAGACAACUCACCAAUCCAAAUGAACUUAGAUGAUUGGAAAUACCCUAAGAUACCCAUCAAUGAAGUGUACAAUCGUAGUCAUGAUAAAAUUGUAUCUGUGUAUGGUGAUGGUCCCUCUUUUUGGUCAAAAGCUAAAAAGAAAUUGAGUAUUUUUCCAAGCUCUGUAGUAAAAGAUUUUGAAAAAAACAAUCACACUGAAAGCAAAUGACCAGAAAUGUAUCACUUAAAUUACUAAAAGGUUUUAAGAAGUUUCUUAACACUGGGUAUGUGCAUUUCGGUCUGGUCCAAAUAGCUAUCAAGCCACUGAUGAGUGACGGGUUAGGAGAUUCAAUUAUAGUGUGUCUUACAGAUGCUAGGAUUGUUGAAUUUGAGCAAUCUUUGUUAUCAGUUGUGCAAUCAGAUCUAUCUCAAGGUCCCUUCUAUUUUAACUGCUGCCCCGAUUAUACAAUUCCUUGGAAAGAUCGCGAGAUCCUGACCUUAAAUGUUAUGAAAAGUGGAGUAACUUUGGCAUUAACAUACAGGGUAGUGUGCAAGGCAUCAACAGAUAUAACCUUAGAUGUAAGGGGGUCGAUUAGGAGAGAAACAACUUAUUUUCAACCCAUGUCUACUACUGGGAUUGAACGAACUACAACAUGGGAUAAGGUGCAAUUUCCAGAGUCGUGGACUAAUGUGUAAACUAGAGGCUUAAGCAAAAGAUUGGGAGUAUACUCAAGACUCUUCCGAACGACCGUGUCAUACUUAGUUAUUUACUGAAACAGAUGAUGAAUUGAUGAUGAUAAUCUUCUCUGUUGGCCUUAAGCUCUAAGGUACAUUGCAUUAAAAGGGUGUUGGUUUAAGUUUGAAUUACAGUCUGUAAUAUCUUGAGUAUUCUGUGAAGCUUAAUGGAUAAUACGUUUUGGUUUUUAAGCAUGUAUUUCAAAGGAUUGUUGUUGUAUAAGAAGUACUCCGUAUAUAA